AUGUCUACGGGAAUCAAGGAUAGUGAAGAAUUACGGAUGUGGCCCAGCCCCCUGCCUGCUGCCCCACUUCCAGAAGCAGAGACCUUGCCUCCUAAGAGUGAUCGCCCCCCACCCAUCGGAGCCCCGAGUCCGCCUCAAACAGAGGAGACGCGUGGCAGUACCCGCCUGCCCCCCAAGAGCGAGCAGCCUCCCCCUGUCCAAGGUUCAGGCACUGCCAGGACAAAACAAGCAGAUUCUCAAAAGGCCCAGGCAAGACACAGGAUGGCUCGGGAGCGUCGUGAAGAACGAGCCAAACAUCUGGCUGCCAAACGGGCAGUGUGGUUGGAGAAGGAAGAGAAGGCCCGCAUGUUGAGGGAAAAACAGCUGGAAGAGAGACGGAGGCGGCUGGAGGAGCAGCGAGUGCGAGCCGAGAAGCGGCGAGCCGCCCUGGAAGAACGCCAGCGCCAAAAGGUGGAGAGGAACAAGGAGCUCUACGAAGCUGCCAUCCAGCGCUCAGUGAAGAAAACCUGGGCUGAAAUCCGGCAGCAGCGAUGGUCGUGGGCUGGGGCGCUGCACCAGGGCUCCCCAGUUCACAAGGAGGGUGCAAGCAGGUGCUCACUCUCUGCUGUAAAUCUCCCCAAACAUGUGGACUCUAUAAUCAACAAGCGCCUCUCCAAAUCUUCUGCCACUCUCUGGAACUCACCCAGUAGAAAUCGUAGUCUUCAACUUAGUGCUUGGGAGAGCAGCAUCGUGGACCGGCUGAUGACCCCGACUCUCGCCUUCUUGGCCCGCAGCAGAAGCGCUGUGACGCUGGCCGGCAAUGGCAAGGAGCAGGCUGUACCCGUGUGCCCCCGCUCGGCUUCUGCCAGCCCUGUAAGCCCCUGCAAAAACCAGCGUGUGCACCGUUGCGCAGAGCGACGGCGUCCGGCAACCAGCAGCCCUGAUGUAACGCCCCGGAAUAAGCCACAGUCCUCUCCUAAAAAGAAAGAAAAGAAAGACAAGGAUCGGGAAAAUGCCCAAGAAAAGAGUGCCUUAGCCCUCCGCAAACGCUACUCUACGCCUUCUAGCCAGGCGCGUCAGCUGCACGUACCUGAAGGCAGCCCAAGCCCCAAGCCCAGACCAGCCUCACCAGCUGUGGCCAAACAGCGCCCUGCCUCGCCAAGCCCGGGACCCAGCAUUUCACACCGGUCAAGCCUGGCUCGCAGUGCCCAGUCUUCACCCAAGAGACGAGCUCGCAGGGAGCCCGAGGGCCAACCGAAGGCCCGUGAACGCAAGAAUGAACCCAAGGAAUGUGGGGCGGCUUCUCCAGCCCCGGAGGAGAGCCUGAAGGCAACCGGGAGCAACGAGACACCAACAGAUGUCGCUGCCCCCUCUGGGGCUGCCAGCCUGAUGCCUCCACCUCCUCCUCCAACGCCAGGCAAGCCAAUGGCUGGCACCACAGACCGAGAAGAAGCUGCUAGACUGCUGUCUGAGAAAAGGCGGCAAGCACGGGAACAGCGGGAGCGGGAGGAGCAGGAACGGAAGGAGCGAGAGGAACAGGAGCGGCGCCAAGUGGAGGAGAGGGCCCAGCAAGAAGCCAGAGACCGCCUACAGCAGCAGGUUGAGCUGGCUAGGCUGGAGGAGCAGCAGGCCCGGCAGGAGGAGCAGGAGGCCCAGGAACGAGCUCGGGCGGAGCAAGAGGAACAAGAACGGCUGCAGAAGCAGAAGGAGGAAGCCGAGGCUCGGGCCCGGGAAGAGGCUGAACGCCAGCGAGUGGAACGGGAAAAACAUUUCCAGAAGGAAGAACAAGAGCGGCUGGAGAGGAAGAAGCGCCUGGAAGAGAUCAUGAAACGGACACGAAAAGCCGAUGGAGCUGAUGCACGGAAGAAAGAGGACAAGAAGAUGGUGAACGGCAAGGAAGGGAAGCAAGGGGGUGGAAAAUAUCCCGGAAGUCUUCCCAAGGAAGAAGAACUGCCCGAGAUGCAACCCUCAAGUCCAGCCGGUCGCAAAGGGCCAGGUCCGGAAGGCAUGCAGCACAGCUCCCCCAUCAACCCCACCCUGGCCCUGGUGAACGGCCUGCAGUCCAGCAAGCAUGAGAAUGGCUUCCCCUCUCCCCAGGAGCCCGGUGGACGGGAGCACCCUGCAGGGUCCGGGCUAAGCGUGGCCGAUGAGCCCAUCCUGCCUUUUGCCAACAAGGAGCCCUUCCUCAACAACGCCGUGGCCAAGGCGCCCCAGGUGACAGAAGUUCUGUAG